GUCUUGCUUAGGAUUAAGAUUAGUUCUAUGAAAGUAUCUGAAGAAGUAUUGUUUUUUUUUUUGCUAAAAUUGUACACCAUCAUUUCGUUAAUCAAACCGGAGGUCGGGCUGCAGCGUCCUCCGUGUACUGCACAUCCUCACUGCGAUCGCCAACCCGCCUGCCAAGCGUGGCGAUUAAAGGCAAUUACCCCCAGUGAAGAGCACAGAAACCAGGCCCCCAGUCUCCAGCAGCUCCGCUAUCCCUGGCGCGGGUAGCGGUCAAGACCAUGUCGGAACCUGGGAGAGGUCGUUCCCGUGGGCGUGCAGGAAGAGGUGGUGACAAUGCUGGGCCACCUCCCCGUAAACCCGGCGAACAACAGCAACAGAGGCCCCCACAGCAACAGGGGCCACCAGGCCCCCGGCCACAGCCACCAUCCGCUUUUGGUGCUCCCGCACUGGGGCCGCCAGUGCGAGCUGGUGUGCCUACGCCCGCCCCGCCGGCAGGCCGCGCCUCUCUCCGACUAACACCAACAACACAUCAGGAACACCCUGGUGAUGUUGACGUACAAGAGAGGAUGCGGAGCAUGCAAAUCAGUGCUGCUUCACAAGUUGGUGCUGGUGAAAGCUCCUCUGUGAUUGGACGUGGAUCUCGCCGUGGCGGGGGCAGGGUUUUACCUGAACAAAUGACAAUUUUGCGCACUCGCCCAACAACAAUUCAAACGAAGAAGGGAACCUCGGGAACCGUGAUAGAUCUGAAGGCGAAUUACUUCACUGUUAACACAACGCCCCAGUGGCGCCUAUACCAAUACCACGUAGAUUUUUCCCCAGAAGAGGACAACACAGCUGUACGCAAAGGCUUACUGCGUGUCCAUGCUAACACUCUAGGAGGGUACCUGUUUGAUGGAGCAGUAUUGUAUACUGUUAAGCGCUUACACCCUGACCCAUUAGAGUUGUACUCUGAUAGGAAAACUGAUGGUGAAAGGAUGCGAAUUUUGAUAAAGUUGACAUGUGAUGUAAGCCCAGGGGACUAUCACUACAUUCAAAUAUUUAAUAUAAUUAUAAGGAAAUGUUUCCAAUUGUUAAAUCUGCAACUUAUGGGCAGGGAUUACUUUGAUCCUGUCGCUAAGAUUGAUGUUCCUGAGUACAGAUUACAAAUAUGGCCAGGAUACAAAACCACAAUCAAUCAGUACGAAGAUCGAUUACUGAUGGUAACGGAGAUUACCCACAAGGUUCUCCGUCUUGAUAAUGUGUUGCAAAUGCUCAGUGAAUACGCUGCAACAAAAGGCAGCAAUUAUAAAAAAAUUUUUUUGGAAGAUAUUGUCGGUAAAAUUGUCAUGACUGACUAUAAUAAAAAAACGUAUAGGGUUGACGACGUAUCAUGGCAAGCAUCGCCAAAAUCAACUUUCAAGAUGCGUGAUGAAAAUAUUUCUUACAUGGAAUAUUAUCAGAAGAAAUACAACAUCCGCAUCCACGACGGCGGGCAGCCGCUGCUGAUCUCGCGCUCGAAGCCGCGCGACAUCCGCGCCGGCAUGCCGGAGCUGGUGUUCCUGGUGCCGGAGCUGUGCCGGCAGACGGGGCUGACGGACGACAUGCGCGCCAACUUCAAGCUCAUGCGCGCGCUCGACAACCACACCAAGAUCGGACCUGAUGUACGCAUUCAGAAACUGUUGAAGUUCAACCAACGUUUGACCAGUUGUCGUGAAGUGGUUAAGGAAAUGGGUGAUUGGUCUCUUACUCUUUCCCAUGAACUUGUCAGCUUUAAAGGUCGGCAACUUCCCCCUGAAAAUAUAGUCCAGGGAAACAAUGCCAAGUACCCAGCUGGCGACACAACAGAAGGAUGGACAAGAGAUAUGCGCUCGAAACCUCUAUUAGAUAUCUCACAAUUGCCAUCAUGGGUGGUCAUAACCCCAGAAAGACAACGUCGAGAUUCAGAAGGAUUCAUAGAUUUAAUUAUGAAAACUGCUGGGGCUGUAGGUUUCCGAAUGCCGAGACCUGAAAUAAUACCCAUCAGGAAUGACGGACCUAUGGAAUAUGCAAAUGCUUGUGAGAAUGCAAUUGCCCGCAAGAAUCCCGCUAUGAUCCUGUGUGUUUUGGCACGCAAGUUUGCAGACAGGUAUGAAGCGAUAAAAAAAAAAUGCACGGUAGAUCGUGCUGUGCCUACUCAAGUAGUUUGUGCUCGAAAUAUGACCAGCAAUUCUGCAAUGUCUAUUGCAACUAAAGUUGCGAUACAGAUUAAUUGUAAGCUUGGUGGUGCUCCGUGGCGGGUGGACAUACCUCUACAGAGCAUCAUGGUCAUCGGCUACGAUGUCUGCCAUGACACUCGCUCUAAAGAAAAGAGUUUCGGUGGAUUUGUUGCAACCCUUGACCGGCAUUUGACUCGUUACUUCUCAGCGGUGAACUCGCACACCUCUGGUGAGGAGCUGAGUGCCCACAUGGGCUUUAAUGUGGCCGCAUCUCUACGCAGAUAUAGAGAAAUAAACGGUGCGCUGCCACAGCGAAUAUUUAUAUAUCGGGAUGGUGUUGGCGAUGGCCAAAUUCCCUAUGUACAUAGUCAUGAGGUGGCAGAAAUAAAAAAGAAAUUAAGUGAGAUAUAUGCAGAAAUGGAAUACAAGAUGGCUUAUAUAAUCGUUUCCAAGCGUAUCAACACGCGUAUAUUUUUGGACCGCGGCCGCAAUGGUGAAAACCCGCGUCCGGGUACAGUAAUUGACGAUGUUGUGACACAGCCGGAAAGAUACGACUUUUACCUGGUGUCACAAAACGUUAGAGAAGGCACAAUUUCUCCUACCUCCUACAACAUAAUUGAGGAUACGACUGGACUGCACCCUGAUAGGAUGCAAUGGUUGACUUACAAGCUGACUCACUUGUAUUUCAACUGUUCUUCUCAAGUGCGUGUCCCGUCUGUGUGCCAAUACGCCCACAAACUGGCGUUCUUGGCUGCAAACAGCCUUCAUAGCCAGCCACAUUACACUCUCAGUGACACGUUAUAUUUCCUGUAAAGACGAUAGCAUUAAGGCGGGGGUCCAGACAUGUAUCAUUUGCCCGAUCCGAUCACCGUAUCGUAUCAAGCACCGUAUCAAGUUGUGGACGCCUCCGAUUUGCUCCGUAUGAUGGACAAAAACCGACACGACAUGGGACGAUAUCAUAACACGGAUAUCAAAACGGCGUAUCGAGAUCGCGUAUCAUUAUUCGUCCACAUAUGUGAUCAUGAUACGCGUCGACGAUACGGAUACGAUGAUCAGUUCGGGCAAAUGAUACAUGUCUAAACCCACCUUUAUGUGUACAUGUUAAUUCGAGGCCCUCACCUAUUGUGAUUAAAGAAAACCUGACUGUUAGAAUAUUAUGACAAUAAAGUUAGUUUUUUGGUCCUGUGGACAGUA